AAGCACAUCUAGUGACUUUAGCCUCACUAUAGUUUUCACUCAGCCAAAGAAAAAAAGAUGCUGAGAGCAACACUUGUGACCGUGUUGCUCUGCCUCGCAAGCACCGCAUGGACAGCGGAGGAUUUUGAAGAUGUGGGUGCUACUGGUCGUGGUCCCAGAAUUUUGGAACAAAAAGCUGCUGCUGGCUGCAAGCAAGAGAAAAACUGGCCAGUGUGUUCAGAUGAGGAUUGGGGCCCCAAAUGUCCUUCUGGAUGCAGAGUUCAAGGCCUAACUACACAAACUGACAAAGAAUUUAGUAAGAGAAUUGAUGCCAUUAAACAGAAACUAAAGGAUGGAGAAAGCAACUAUAAAAGCAUUGACGUCAGAACCAAGGAAACAUAUGAGCUUGUCAAAGGAAAUCUGGUGGCAGCACAACAGACUGAUGGAGCAUAUAACCAGGUGACUGAAAACCUCAGGAGAAAGAUUGAGUUCUUGAAAACGAAAGUUACCAUUCAGAUUGACAGAAUCAAAUUGCUGCAAAAAAACAUCAGAAACCAGGUGGUGGAAAUGAAGCGCCUUGAGGUUGAUAUUGACAUUAAACUCCGUUCUUGCAAAGGAUCCUGUGCAAAGGGCGUUGAAUAUAAUGUGGAUUAUGAAAGCUAUGAAAAUAUCCAGAAACAGCUCUUGCAAGCCGAAUCUACUGAUCUGAGACCAAAUGUCAAUGCUAUACCUGUGCUGAAGAUGAGACCAAUUAAAGAUGAAGCUGUGACUGAUUCACGUUACAAGACACUUGCCCAGCAGAAAGAACAAUACCCCAUAUUCUCUGAUAUUAAACAAUAUUCAUUUGUACUAGAAGGGAAAAGUAAAGAGGUAAGUGGACAACCAGUGUCCACUUCGAGUGUCUCUGGUAGCACAAAAGAGCAACCCACCCAAACGUUUGUUAUUUAUGGGGAUAAAGGUACACAACCAGUGAAAGUAUCUGGGGGAGAUAAGACAUCUGUCACAACUGAAAGUCGAGUCAUUACAUGCACAAAAACCAUUACCAAGAAAAUAGUUCGUGGGCCAGAUGGACCUAGGGAAGAGGUUUUUGAAACCACAAGUGGAGAUGAGUGUGAGAAAUUAGAAGCACUAAAGAAAGAAGGAAAGGGUGAGUUUGACGCUGAUGGCACAUACACUGUGAAAGUAACUGGAAGUGGCAGUGCAGGAGGUGUCCACAUCCCAAGUUGGGAUGACUUUCUUAGUGGUAAACAGGUCAGUGGUAGCAGCGCUUCUUCUGGCAGUUCAACCUCUAAAACUCAGAGUUCAUCAACAAAAACUCAGACUUCAUUCACCAACGGAGAAGAUGAAUUUGAUGAUUUUAGCCAUGUGGACCUUGGCGCUCCCAGUUUCCAGCCAAUUAAAACACAAAGCUCUUCUGGAUCCACUACAUAUUCCAAGACAGUAGUAAGCAGCAGCAGUGGGAGCACAAAGGAUGGAACCGAGUGGGGUACUAAAUACAAGAGCGGGCCAGUAUUUGAAGAUCUUGGUCCAAUAUUAGAAGGCAACAGCGAAGAAGACGUGCCAGAUUUUAGUGCCCGCAGUGUGAGACCAGGAGUGAAAAAAACAUCAUCCAGCACUGGAAGUGACUGUGCCGAUAUCCUCCAGAAACACAGUUCUGGUGGCAAAAGUGGCAUUUUCAAAAUCAAGCCAGAGGGAUCCCAAACAGAGCUGUCAGUGUAUUGUGACCAAGACACCCAGAUAGGAGGAUGGCUUUUGAUUCAACAGAGAGAAGAUGGAUCUGUGAAUUUUAACAGGACUUGGCAAGACUACAAGCAUGGAUUUGGAUCUGUGGAUGCAAAUGGCAAAGGAGAACUUUGGUUGGGAAAUAAAUACAUACACAUGCUGAGCCAGAAUGAGACAAUUCUCAGGGUUGAGUUAGAGGACUGGUCUGGCAAGCAGGCUUUUGCAGAAUAUAUCUUUCGCUUAGGGUCAGAAUCAGAGGGUUUUGCUCUUCAUGCUAGUAGUUAUGAAGGUUUGGCAGGGGAUGCUCUCACAGAAGGCUCUAAAGAAGACAGUGAAAACACCUCUCAUGAUAAAAUGAAAUUUAGCACAUACGAUAGGGACAAUGACAAAUGGGAGGAGAAUUGUGCAGAAAUGUAUGGAGGGGGGUGGUGGUACAAUAACUGCCAAGCUGCCAAUCUGAAUGGGAUUUACUAUACUGGAGGUCAAUAUGAUCCUAGGAAUAAUGUCCCCUAUGAGAUUGAGAAUGGAGUUGUUUGGUUGUCUUUCAAGCCAGAUGAUUAUUCUCUAAAAACUGUGAAAAUGAAAAUACGGCCUGUGGAAACUGCAUAAUAAUAUUUUUGUAUAUUACUGCACUCCCCAAAAUAUUACUGUAUUAUGUGUUUUUUUUUUUAAUAUACUUGGCUUAAUGUAUAGACACUGUAACUGAGAAGAAAACUAAAUGAAUUACAUUGA